AUGGCUGAAAGACGCGACAGCAGAGUCGCGAGGAGCAGCGGGAUUGGCGGGUGGGACAAGCACGCGCGCGCCCCCGGCGGCGGCAGCGGCGGAGACAGCGGCGGUGGCGGCGGCGGAGGCAGCAGCGUCGCUGCGAGCAGCAUAGGCGGAAGCGGCGGCGGCGGCGGAGGCGGCGCGAAGAGGCGGUGGAAGCCCGCGCCGGUCGCGCUUCGUCUCGAUCAUUUCCUCGCCGCCGCCACCGGGCCCGCCGCCACCGCUUCUGUUGCCACCCGCGCUGCGCGCGAAUCCGCGGAAAUUGGCCCGCGCGCCAGUGGGACGGGAAGGGCAAAUGCGGGUAUUAGUGACGGGCGGCCGCGCGGAUGCGAAAAGGGAGGCGGAGCGGGGAGAGGAGGCGCAGGGAGAGGAGGGGGAAGUGAGGAUGCUGGCGCGCGUGGCUUGGUUUUGGCGGAAACGAGGCAAGGGGUGGGAGCAGGGGGAGCAGGGGGCGGAGCAGGAGGGCGGAGGAGGGGAGAAGUGGCAGGCGGAAGUGUGGGGGCGGGCGGGCGAGAGGGAAAAGGGGAGAGCGCGCGCAAGGAGCUCGAGAGGGGGAGAGAGAAGGGGCGCAAUUGGGAGAACGGGGGGGAGCGCGGAGGGGGGCGAGAGGGGGGUCGGGUGCUGGUGAACCCUGCAACUUCGGAGAGCAUUGGCGUGAGGCGGGGAAAGGAGAGGCAGACACCGAAGCAGAAGCGAGUGAGCCGACUGAAGCGGAUGGUGGUGCUGGCGAGACAGGCGCGCGGGGAGGGGGAGACAGGGGAGGGAGGGCAGGGGGAAAGGGAGAAUAGGGAGGCGGAGGGGGAGAGGGAGGGAACGGGAGAGAAGGUGAGGGAACGGGAGAGGUUGGGAGAGGAAGCGGGGGAGAGAGUGGGAAUGGGAGAGGGAGAAGGGGAGGAGGAGGAGGAGGAGGAGGAGGAGGAGGAGGAGGAGGAGGAGGAGGAGGAGGAGGAGGAGGAGGAGGAGGAGGAGGAGGAGGAGGAGGAGGAAGGGGAGGAAGAAGAGCGUGUGGUGCAUGGUGAUGGUGGGAGGAAUGGAGGAGGCAUGGGAUGGGUGGAGCAUGAGAGGCGUGAAGAGGGGUGUGCUGCCACAGUGGUGGGGGUGGGAGAGGCGAGUGAGGGGCCAGAGAGGGGAGACAGGAGAGAAAGGUUAGGGGAGGGUGGGAUGGAGGGCGGGGGGGAGGAGGGGAUGGUGGCGAGGGAGGGCAGGGGGGAGGAGGGGAUGGUGGCGAGGGAGGGUGGGCAGGGACUGGACGGAAAAGUGGACGGGAGGGAGGUGAGUGGGAAACGAGUGGGUAGGCGAAGGCGAGGGAGGAGAAAGGGAGGAGAGAAGCGAGGGGAGGAGAAACGAGGGGAGGAGAAUGGGGAAGGGGUGAAGGGAGGGGAGGAGAAGGGAGGGGAGGAGAAGGGAGGGGAGGAGAAGGGAGGGGAGGAUAAGGGAUGGGAAGAGAAGGGAGGGGAAAAGAAGAGAGGGGAAGAGAAGGGAGGGGAAGAGAAGGGAGGGGAAGAGAAGAGUGGGCAAGAAGACAGCGAGGCGAAAAGGCAAACGCAGCCUUACAUUGGCGUGGAGGCAUGCAGCAGGUACGCCGAGCAGGUGGUGACACCCGAGCUCAACGCACUCGUGGCUGAGCUGCUGGGGGAGCUGCUGCGAUUCCAAGUCAGGGCGCUUCAGAAGGACCCCAUUAAGGGAGCGAUGCGGCGGCGGGUGCUGGCAGGGCUGAAGGAGGUGGGGCAGGCGGUGCGCAGUGGGAGGGCCAAGUGUGUGGUGCUGGCGCCUAACGUGGAGGAGGUGCCUGGGGCAGGCGGUCUUGAUGCGGCCCUCACGUCCAUCCUAUCAGAUGCCACCACGCGGAGCAUUCCCGUGGUUGUGGCUCUCUCCAGACGGCGACUCGCCAAGGCCAGGCCUUCAACCGCCCGUGCUGCCAUUUGUUUCGGUGCCAUAGCCAUUUUGGACGACAAUGCUGCAUCGCCCGCACCCUCUCCUCCUUUCCCCCGCUUGCAUGCUCCCAUAUCCUCCCAUCUCCUCCCAUAUCCUCCCAUAUCCUCCCAUCUCCUCCCAUAUCCUCCCAUAUCCUCCCAUAUCCUAUAUCCUCCCAUAUCCUCCCAUCUCCUCCCAUAUCCUCCCAUCUCCUCCCAUCUCCUCCCAUAUCCUCCCAUCUCCUCCCAUAUCCUCCCAUAUCCUCCCAUCUCCUCCCAUAUCCUCCCAUCUCCUCCCAUAUCCUCCCAUCUCCUCCCAUAUCCUCCCAUAUCCUCCCAUCUCCUCCCAUAUCCUCCCAUAUCCUCCCAUCUCCUCCCAUAUCCUCCCAUCUCCUCCCAUAUCCUCCCAUAUCCUCCCAUCUCCUCCCAUAUCCUCCCAUCUCCUCCCAUCUCCUCCCAUAUCCUCCCAUCUCCUCCCAUAUCCUCCCAUAUCCUCCCAUCUCCUCCCAUCUCCUUCCAUCUCCUCCCGUCUCCUCCCAUCUCCUCCCAUCUCCUCCCAUAUCCUCCCAUCUCCUCCCAUAUCCUCCCAUCUCCUCCCAUAUCCUCCCAUCUCCUCCCAUCUCCUUCCAUAUCCUCCCAUCUCCUCCCAUCUCCUCCCAUCUCCUCACUUUUGCACUGCAUUGCUCUGCCAGACACUAAACCGCCCUCGGUGUAA